GAACAAAGUACAACGGCCGAUGCUGCAUUUUACUCCUUUCGCAAACGCUCGAACACCUUGACGGCAAAACCUCUCCGCCAAUGCGUGCUCUCAUCUGCCUCCGUCUCCGGAGCCGGCUGUAUCUGCCCCUAAACCCGAAGCCCUUCUCCUCCUCCGGAACAGACGAGAUCCCCACCGUCUACUCCUUUCUGCAGCCUUCCAUCUUCGCACGGCGCCCCAAGCCCCAACCACCGCCGCCGCCACCUCCCGCCCCGAACCCACCCACCCCCAAAGCCCUACCCGUCGCAGACGCCGUCGCGCUCGAAGAAGGCAUAUUUGCCGCCGUCGCAGAGGACCGCUCGGAUGACGCAUGGCUCGCGUUCAAGUCCCUGGCCGCGGCCUCCCUCUCGCCGUCGCCUCCCGCCGCGGCGGCCCUCGUAUCCCACCUCGUCGCCGAGAACCACCGCCUUGGCCUCAAGCGCGCCUUUGCCGCUGUCGUCUUCCUGCUCGAGAAGAGCCCUCAUGCUUCUCCCCUUCCGGAGGCCGCGCUCGAAACUCUCUUCUGUUCGCUUGUCACAGCGGGAUCUACUGCCCCGGCGCUGGCCCUCGCGCGUGCUCUUAUCCGCUGCGGGCGUCGCCUCCCAGCUUUCUCCGCCUGGGGGCGUCAGUUAAUAGAUCUCACCCGCACUGACACGGAUUCCUUUGCGGCCUUGUUGAAGGUGUUUGACGAAGCCUGCAGGCUCAUGGUCGAGGAGAAGUCCCCGUCUGUGAUAGCAGUGAUGCGGCCUGACCUCGCCGCCUGCAAUGCUGUUCUUGAUGGAUGCUGCCGCCGACUUGGUUCAAUCACAGAUGCUGAGAGGGUCUUGGAGAUUAUGUCAGCUAUUGGGGUAUCUCCAGACGUAGAGAGCUUUGGAUGUCUUGCCUUCUUGUAUGCUUGGAGGGACGUUCCAAGCCGGGUUGAUGAGCUUGAUAAAUUGCUGGAAGCUCUAGGCUUCAGCAAGAAGAUUUUUUUCAAGAAUUUGGUGAGUGGGUAUCUGAAAUGUUGUAGCUUUGAGUCGGUUUCAUCGAUCAUUCUCCGCACGCUGAAGGAGAGGAGAGUUAGGGAUGGUAAUGCAUUUGAUGAUGAAUGCUAUACCGAGGUUGCACAGUGCUUUGUUGAUAAUGGAAGGAUCAAGGAAUUAGCUCAGUUAAUCAUCCAAGCACAAGAGAUCGAGUUGACACAGCAAUCGUUGGUAGUUGAUGAUUCUGUUGGGUUCGGAAUUGUCAAUGCUUGUGUUGGGCUUGGUCUAUUAAGCAAGGCUCAUAGCAUACUCGAUGAAAUGACUGCUCAAGGAGCCUCUGUGGGUCUCGGUAUAUACUCCCCAAUCUUGAAAGCAUAUUGCAAGGAGCAAAAGACUGCAGAGGCUGCACAGCUUGUGGCGGAGAUUACUGCAGCAGGGCUACAGCUUGAUGCUGGCAGUUAUGAUGCUCUUAUUGAUGCUUCAAUGACAGCCCAUGAUUUCCAAUCUGCAUUUACUCUUUUCAAGGAUAUGAGAGAAGCGAGGGUACCAAACCUUAGAACAAGCUAUCUCACUAUAAUGACAGGCUUGACAGAGAACAAUCGGCCUGAGCUCAUGGCAUCAUUCUUGGACUCUGUAGUUGAUGACCCGAGAAUAGAGAUUGCUACACAUGAUUGGAACUCCAUCAUCCAUGCCUUUUGCAAGGUUGGGAGGUUAGAGGAUGCUCGAAGGACAUACCGAAGGAUGGUAUUCCUGAUAUUUGAACCAAAUAAUCAGACAUAUCUUUCACUUAUCAAUGGGUAUCUCUCGGCUGAGAAGUAUUUUAAUGUGCUCAUACUAUGGACGGAAGUGAGGAGAAAGGGGGCUAAUUUUAACCACGAGCUGAUUGAUGCCUUUCUGUAUGCUUUGGUCAAGGGUGGAUUUUUUGAUAUGGCAAUGCAGGUGAUUGAGAAGGCACAAGAGUUGAAAAUAUUUGUGGAUAAGUGGAGGCACAAGCAGGCAUUCAUGGAAACCCACAAGAAGCUAAAAGUGGCGAAGCUGAGAAAGCGUAACUUUAGGAAAAUGGAAGCUUUAAUCGCAUUCAAGAACUGGGCUGGCCUUAAUUCAUAACAUUUAUAUAUGUUUCUGUGGGAUGACAUUGCAAAACCUUUUGGAAGCUGUAGCAAGCAACAAACUUCUGACAUGAACAUGUAUAUGCACUGUGGGAUCAUGAUAAGUUCAAAACGAGGUUAGGAAAGCUGGUUUACUCGAAAUGAUGUUAAGAAACCUUCAGAGGUGACCAUGUAUAUGCAAUGCUGUGAUCCUCUUAUUUUGUUUCUAGUUCUAGGUAUAGACGUUUCACUUUACUGGCUGACUUGACCUUGUACUAGUUUUUUUAUUAGCCUGUUCUAACCUGAAAAUUCUGUAAGAUUCUUAAAUUAGUGAAUUACCAAGUUUCUUCGGAAAUAUGUAUAUGGAAUAUGCAUAGUUUGUUGUGGUGAUAAACAAUAUGAUAUUUCCGUACAGGUUUC